AUUAAACAUAGCCCUUGGUCACCAACAGAAGAUACGAUUGUUUUAGAGGGGAAAUCCGAAGGCCUUGGAUUUCCUGAGAUCGCCAAGUCUCUGCCUGGACGAGUCGCGGAGCAGGUCCGACGUCGUUAUCUGAAUUGCUUGGACCCAACAAUCCGAAAAGACGAAUGGACGGAGCAAGAGAAAGAAGCUUUGUUUGAUGCACAGCGGCGCAUGGGAAACAAAUGGACUGCUAUUGCUGCUCUUUUACCGGGCCGCUCAGAAAACGCCGUGAAAAAUUGUUGGCACAAUCAAAUA